AGUUGUCCGGUUGCAUGCUUUCCUAGGUUCUUGGGUAAUCUAUACCUGUUGGCACCAGUCAGCUCCAACUCUGAAGCAAACGAAUUACCUUCUCUUUUUCAACGACAAUGGCUUCCUCUUCUCUUCCGCUAUCAACUGUAGUCUUCUUCACUGUCUUCUUCUUCACAUGUGCUCUAAUCCCUCUGACGGGCUCCCUUCCUUUCGUAGUUUUGCAUGGCAUUAGUGAUAGCUGCAAAGGCAAAGGAGUCGCACGCUUCACAGAGCUUUUAAGCAACUGGUCCGGUUCUACAGGAUACUGCAUAGAAAUUGGAGAUGGUUCAUGGGAUUCAUGGACUAUGUCCCUUAUGGAGCAGAUGGAAAUUGCUUGUAAAAAGGUGAAGAGCAUUAGUGAACUGAGUGAGGGUUUCAACUUCGUUGGACUUUCUCAGGGUAAUAUGGUAGGCCGAGGGAUUCUGGAAUUUUGUGAUGGAGCACCCCCUGUGAAGAAUUUCAUAUCACUGGCAGGCCCUCAUGCUGGUAUUGCUUCAGUUCCAUUUUGUGGAUCUGGUCUGGUAUGCAUUAUUGUGGAUGCUUUACUCGAGCGAGAGGUUUACAGCAAGUAUGUUCAGGAACACUUGGCUCCUAGUAAUUACGUUAAAGUCCCAACUGACAUUUCUAACUAUCUUAAAUCAUGCAAAUAUCUCCCAAAACUUAACAAUGAAAUCAAAGCUACCAGCAAUUCAACUUAUAAGGAACGGUUUGCAAGCCUAGAGAAUUUGGUACUCAUCAUGUUUGAAAAGGAUACUGUUUUGGUACCUAAAGAAACCUCCUGGUUUGGUUAUUAUCCAGAUGGGGCCUUUGAUCCUAUUUUGCCUGCGCAAGAGACCGAGCUCUACAUUGAAGAUUGGAUUGGAUUAAAAACCUUGGAUGAAGCUGGCAAAGUAAAAUUCAUAAACGUUUCUGGUGGCCAUCUUGACAUCUCUGAAAGUGACAUGAAAAAGUACAUUCUACCUUACUUGAAGGACCAAGAAUCUGAAGAGAUAACAACAGCAUAAAAAACAUCCUUGUUUGGAUGGUUUUCGACAAUCUGGCACUUGUUUAUGAAUCUAUUCGGGUUUAAUGAGCACCAGCCAUUGCAGCUUGCUAUGUACUAAAAGGGGGGAAAAAAAGGGGAGAGCCAGGCUUUAUUCUUCCAUGCUGCACAUGUUUUGGUUCUGUACCGUCAUUUAUGUGGAACAUACCCCCUCUGAUUUUGUAAUACG